ACACGUUGGAGACUUGGGGAAUGUGACUGCUGGAGCCGACAAUAUAGCCAAGAUUGACAUCAAAGACACUUUUAUCAAGCUCUCAGGGCCCAACUCCAUUAUUGGCAGAACUAUGGUGAUCCAUGAGAAGGCUGAUGAUCUUGGAAAAGGAGGAAAUGAAGAAAGCCUUAAGACGGGUAACGCUGGCGGGCGCCUGGCCUGUGGAGUCAUUGGUAUCGCCCAGUAAACCGAGUUCUCAAAAUGAAGCACUGAAAAUUUCUCCAAGACACUUAAUGAGACCAAGAUAGCUUCUAGACGUAACCUUGUUCUUUUCAGAACUGUGUGGGCUUUUGAUUUGUUUGAUAGUUUGGCCCAGAAGAAUUGAUAACGCACAAGUCAUUUAUAAAUGUAUACUAUUGAAAAAUAAAUAUUUCUUCAGAUUCA